UUUCACUCAGGACUGCUGUAGAGACAGGCAAGGAGCUGGAGAAUCAAAUUAUACUUGGACUUGGAGAUGGGGCUCGAAGGUGUUCUUAGAGGAGAUCAGAUUGAUGCUCUCUCAACCGAGUACCUAGUAUUACUCACUCCCAGUGUGAUUGGGAGCGUUUCUGUCGUGGUGGUUUCUAUAGCGAGAUGGAGACAGCUAAAAGAACAGGUGCACCUCCUGGUGCAGCUCGCCCUGGCAGACCUCCUUGCUGCUCUGAUCCUGAUGUCCACAAGCAUCUUAAACAAAGUCAGCACUGAAAAGGGUGUAACCAUCUGCCAAUACUUCCUGCCGCUGUCACUGACAUUUUACUUUAUUUCAUUUCUGCUGGUGAUGGUCUAUGCAUGGAAGUCCAAGAGCCCGAUCCAGGGGUGGAGAGCAAGACCAACAGAAGAUGAAGGAGCACAGAGUCAGUGUAGAAGGAAUAUAGUGGAUAUACCUGUCUAUGCUAUUGUGUGGCUGAUUCCCAUCAUAAUGUACUUGGCGUAUGUGCUAACUCCGUUCAUAACAACAGCUGAGCUGAUUUCAGCCUCUGAUACUUCAUUGGGUGCCACUUUCCGUAAUGAUAGUGAAUACUGCACCAGUUGUAUUUUAUUCUUGCACGUCUGGAGGGAUUCCUGCUCUGAUCCUGAAGCAGUACAUGAUUCAAUUAUUAGAGUUUCUCUUGUCCUGAUUGUAAUAAUAGUGCUGCUGUCCUGCUCUAUAAUUUAUUACAACAUCAAUAAAUGGUAUGAAAGACAUGGGCAUGAAGGGCUUUUUCCUGUGGAGGGAGAUGGACGAUCAAGGCGCAGAAUCAAAAGAGUGUUUUCUACUGCUAGAAAUAUGAUCAUGGUCAUCUUAUUCUGCUGGACACCAGCUCUCGUCCUCAUUCUGCUGUCCUGCCUGAUGUUGUAUACAAACAUCGAACAACGCAGCCUGUUUUUCCUUUAUGUGAUCCAGGCUGCCAGUGUGUCCCUUCAGGGUUUCCUCAACAGUAUGGUGUAUGCCUGGAGACGGCCAAACUUCACUGAAGCUGUCCUUGGAGAGACUACACCUUUAGUUGCGCAGGCAUUUUUUGAAGAAUCGCUGAGGCCCUCAUAAUGUUGACUUUAAAGACACUAAGUGACAUUAUUGUGCUGCGGCCUAAAAAAAGACUGAAUGUACACAAUUCAUGACCUAAGGACCUUGGGACUGAAACACAAAAUAUCCUUAUUGGAAGACUGACAUUUGAAGAAAACACUUAAGCAAGCAACGUUGGAUGGUUUUCAUAAGCAAAGAUGAAAUGUAUCAUUUCAGAUCACAGUAUCAAUAAAUGUAGCUAUUACAUACAUAUAAAUAGUGUAAAUAUACUGGUUUAUCAAUGAUAAAAUGUCCUAGGGAUUAACUGUAAGUGUUAUGUAAAUUUUGCUGUGCUUGCCACCUAUAUUUAUACUGCUAGAUGCUUUUAACAAUUGUUUUAUCAUGACUUGUUUUCCAACUGUCUUUGUACUCUGUCAUUGACAGGUAACCUGUCAGGGUUGCAUAUUUCGCCGUCUCUGCUGUGUCAUGGCAGAGGCACGUGUCUCCUGAUAAUGUAGAGUUCAGUCUCAGGAGCACAGGCGCUAUAUGAGCAGGACAGUAUGUGCUGGAACAAUAAGAGGGGCUGAAACACCACAGACAAAAGAGAGUUUAUAGGCAGGUGUGGUUAUAAAGAUCAGUGCACUCUUGCAUUCUAACAUCUUGACCUCGUUGCUCUUGCUUUAGCAUGCGUGUCUCAAAGGGGGUCUGUUAAUAUUUUACAGGCGGUCAACCUGUUAACACUUAUGUAAGUGCUCAUUGGAGCCAUUAGUUAGUCUGCUGUACUGUAAACUGGAUGUUUGUGGUUAUACACUUCUCUUGUAUUAAAGAUGGAUGCCACAAAAACAUGAAGCUUGACUUGACUUGACUUGUAUUAUCAGAAAAUUGCACUCAAACAAGACAGAAUGAACAUUUAAGGGAGUUGCAGAUAUGUCUGUCAAAAAAGAAAAAAAUCUUCUGAUAAGCUGUUUUUCUUUUUUUUUUUUAUUGUGCACACUUUGAAUUUACCGAGAAGAAGACUAAGAAACAUUUUUGUAUGAAGGAAAAUAAA